UAAUAGACUAAUAUUCAAAAGAUUUCCAAAGCAAUUAUGGAAACUAGGUGCUAAAUGAGUGGUUUGCAAAAUUAUCCUAUUUUAUGUAGAAAAUCUGUGCAACUAUGUUCUUAUCAGUUUUGUCUUAGCAUUUUUUUCCCAGAGAUCCAAUGGUUCUGAUAUCUGAAAAUUCUUCAGAGUUUUUGUAUGAAUACCAUUCAGCUCUGGAAUUAGAUUUGUAAAAUGUUUCCCUUAAAAUACCAGCUGUAGAAAAUUGUGGCCAUUUAACAAGGAGAUGCUUGUGACCACCUUGUGACCAGCUGAAGUAUUGCAGUGAUGUGAUCAUCGGAGAAGAAGAAAAUAUUUCCACAUUUCAGUAGCUUUUUUUCUGAAAACUUCUCUAUUCAGUGUAAAAAUUCAAUCUUCACAUUCAUGUUUUCUUAUUGAGAAUGCUGCCAAUAUUUGGCCCAGGUAGCUUUAUUACAUCAUUCUAAUCCAUAUAAAAUUGCUUGGGUUUGGGUUUUUUUAAAAGUGUAUUAAAAUAGACCCUCACACAGUAGACCCAAAAUAACAGCCAACUUAUGCUGACAUAGAACAUCCCCUCCACGUACGCAUGCAUGGAAAAGUCGAAAGUCUUUUCUCCUGACUUUUCACAGUUUAGUUUAUGGAAUAAACAUGUAAUUUUGUGACAUAAAUGUAUUUUGACAUUCUCUGAUGAAAGACCAGCACUUCUGUUGUGACAAUACUCUGACGAGUAGUGUGCUGUUACAGUUGGCUAUAUGAACCACUCACACUGGGAUUGUAAUUUGUACCGAAUCAUCUGCUUUGACAUAACUGAGUUCAGGCUCAUGUCGUGCAGUGGGCAGCUUGCCUUACCUUCACAGAAGUCUAAACUAUCUCCAAUGGCCUUUAUCCUUCUAUCAGACAACCAUUUCUCUUUAGAUCCUCUUAAUCUACUUCUCCUGCUCACCUCAACCUAGGCAAUGCUGAUGUGAGCUAGGUUGCCAGACAUGAACUUGUACUCUGGAAUUUCACAUCUCAGAGUUGUGCUUUUUCCAUUGUGUAAAAUGCUGAGAGAGCAGGUAUGUGCCUCUAAGCCAUGAAUCUUGGCCUUGCUGCCUUGUUAACAAGUUACUGCCCAUUAGCUGAUCCAUCACAACCAUUCACACAUGUGCUGCUGCCCCACACUACUUAAAAAGAGUUAAUCUCUUUUUCAUUAAGAUGGAACUUACAUCAAUCAAUUCUGCAUCUUCUACAGGUCUGUAAGAUCCUGUGCACUCAUUUAUAAUUAUAUGUGCAAAGGGUCUUGGUCAAUGAUAAAUUUUAGGAAACUCAGAAUUCCUCAUUCCUCUCUGAGGGAUCAGUGAUUCCACUCCAGAAGUGCCAUCAAAGACUGCAUGCAGACAGGUAGCUAGGCCAAAUAAUUUCCUUUGAAAUGGCUAUCCCAUGGGCAAACUGUUUCCAUGUUAAAUUAUGCAUUGUUUCAGUAAAGCUUCAUUUGAAUUUACUGGGUUUCAUUGAUUAAGAAAAUGCUUUCCCAUGUAUUCUUGCUAAUCAUUUCAGCUGUGAGUAAACCCCUUAAAAAGACCUGGACACUGUUAUUUAUGUUUUUCUGUACUUUAUCAAUUUCACAAGGGACACAUGGUUAUUAAAUGUCUGUGGUUGAUCCAUACAUAAAUAUCUCAGCAUUUCUUAAACAGAAAUUAAGAUAUCCAUUAGAUUUUAAUAACAGAAAUGAGCAUUCUUGAUGAGUUUAGGUAUAAAGCAAACUAAAAUAGAUCAUUACCUAGAGAGGAAACCAAUUAACCUAUGUUUCCUUUAGGCAAAUAAGUCUUUCAUCUCCUAUCAGUAAAACCUUUCAUACUCUUUAAAUUGAAUCUGUUAAAGGUUAUGCUGGGUUUGACGGCCUGGAAAUUAAAGCAUGAAAAACAUAUGGAUCUUAAUGGACAUUCUUUCAAAACUCUAAAGCUAAGGAUUUCACUGUUGAAUGUUCUUCUUUUUCUUAACUUAGCAAAUUUUACCUCAAUAUUUGGGUCAAUUUAUGCAUAUCUAUUGUGCUUGUUUGGGGAUUUUUUAAGAAUUUCUACAGAGAUAGAAAAUCAUCUCUCCUGUAAAAUUAAAAAAAACAAUUACUAUGUUAUGAUUUUCAAGUUGAACAUUGGUAAAGGAACGACCAUGCAAACAGAGCUGCCAUCUUGUGGAUAAAAAUCUCCUAAGAGCUGGUAGCUCACAUUGUCUGAAUGCAGGAGGAAAAAAAAAAUGUUUAUAAUAGUCAUCAGGUCUACCUGACUUGGCAUUCAUCUCAUGUACAGGAUUAUGAUAGCUGUAAUUUUGAGCUUACACAAUCAAUCUCUAAAAACUCAUCACCUGACUGAGUUCUAAUUUCCCCCAAAAUCUUUAAACCUAGCCCUUCCAAUAUUAAUAAUGUAUUGGUUAAGCAACAUUGAAAAACCGUUUGUGUUUUUCCAUUAGAGUUUGGUGCAGACCUAUGUUUUGUAAUAUAAAUAAUUGGUUUAACCCUUAAAUUGAUGUGACAAAAAUAAUUGUCAAGCAAUUAAAUGCAAUAAUGAUUUAAGCUCAUGGGAAAUAUAUACUAAUAAACCUGCAUUUCACUUUGCCCGAGGACUAAAAUAUCCCCUCUAGUAAGAUUCUUCAACAUUAUUCAUACAUCGAUUAAUAUGAGGUUAUAGAAAGAAAAACAGAUAGUUGUUGAAAAUCAUUAGUCACUUCUCUUUCAUUUUCUUGUUCUUUUCUUCUUUCUUUUUCCAUGUGAUUUGAACAUGAAACUAAAAAAUGCCAAGAAAUAACACUGCCAACAGCACCUUUAUUGUCUGUGCCAGGUGGCACAAGCCAAUCUUUUCAGAUAUGGAACUCAUGGCACAGUGAUAGGAGUGUAUGAAUUCUGUGUUCCUGGAUUUCACACACAGUCUGCUUUGAGCUCUUGUAACCUAUGUUUAUUUCAUUGAAGAGAUUUUUCUUUAAAAGAAAUGGCCUUACAGCUUUUUCUUUUUUUUUCCUGCGGUGACUUGCUACUAUUGCAUAAAGGUUGUAAUAUAAAUCCUAUAAUAUAUUUUCAUUAUUUGUAUUUAAACUGGUUAUAACCCAUGUGUGACAGCUUGUGGAAGGGCGCAAAAUGCUGUGUGACUUGAUUAGGAUCAUGGAACUGCUCUGUUAUCUACAACUCUUAACUUUGUUUAGCCUGUAUCUUCAAAUUCUUGCAUGGUUUUAAAAAUACUGGUGAUAGAUAAUUUUUGAAACAAGGAGCAUGGAAAAUUUGAUAAUUUAUCAAUAAAUUCAUAUGUAAUUCAAUUUCAAGACAUUCAUUAAUCAUAUAUUACUGUAGAAAAAAAGAAGACUUUUUUUGUAAAGAAAAUGUUAAAUUUUACAGGUCAUUUACUAAAAAAGUAUUCUACACUAAUAUUUCAAAUUUGUAUUGAUAUUAUACUACAUAAAUUUUCUAAGUUACUGCUUAGUUCAUAAAGCAUGGGUUCUCCAUUAUCAACUGGAGAAUAACAAACUUUGUGAACACUGAGAACUUUGUAAAAGUAUGGCACCCUCCCAUUAAUCUGUGAGUGAUACACUCUUUAAAGGUAUAAAGUGUACUCUACACAAGAAUAAAAAAUGCACAGAACUUCAAUUCAUCAUUUUAAGAUUAAAUAGAUAUGGGAAAUCCAGGUAUUUUUCAUGCUGAUUCAACCAUUGUUGUAAAAUUUUAGCAACAAUGUGUCAGUUUGGUCUAGACUAUAUAUACCAUUAAAUAUUCAGGAGAAUAUAACUUUCACAUAUGAUCCAUUUAAGCAUAAUUUUUCUCAUCAAUAUUUCUUUUCCUUACAACUCAUGAUACUACUUCUUAUCUUUAUCAUUAAUCAUACAAAAGCAAAGCUGAUAUUCCCAUUGUUUCAAUUAGUCUUUUCUCACCUGAAAUUCAGUUUUGUCACUUUGCAUAGCAAUGAAUCUUUUUUAUAGCUAUUUCCAUCUGAACUACCAUGUUUUCUGAGAAGAAAUAAGUGAACAAAGGCUUUCGUUUUGGACUAAAGAAUGUUUUGACUAAUAGGUUAACCUCCAGAUCUCCACACAAAAUUGGUGUUAUUAAGUCCUCAGAAUUUAAUCUCCUGAGUCUCUAAAACUUUGUGAAAGAGCCACAAGAAAAUGACAGAGCUCUUUAUCAAGUUUAUUCCAGAAGUCUUACCUUACAUAUAUUUUAGAUUUAGUUAAAUUGUGUUUGAUUAUAUUUCAUUUUUCCUGGGUUUUUUUUGGCUUUGCGUAGUUGCUUCUUUGGUCUUGUUUUUCCCCCCAGAAAACAAACUGAGCAACAGUAAUUUUUUUUUAUGAGGGAUAGGAGACCAUAAAUAGACUCAUGUGUUAUAUUUUUUACUGUAAAUACAUUUGGGAUCGGGUUCCUAUCCAUUUCAAGAAAGUAUUAGUUUCCCAAGAUUAAAAAAAAGUUGACAUAGAAAAAAAGAUACAAAUACCACAUGUGGUAGAUCAGGUUUUUUGCAAUUUUCUAUAGAGUAAAAGGAUUUUUUGCCAUUUAAAGAUGAGAGACCAAAAUACUCAUUUAUGAAAAAAGCAAUUAUUUAAGCACUGAUUUGGACUAAUUUUUAAGUUCUCAUGAUUUAUGAUAUUGCCUGGAACAUAGCUAAAUACUUAGUGCCACUAUAUUUAGGACAUCAUACAUUUGGCAAUGUGUUUCAUGCCUCAUUUACUACAGAAUAUCUGGGCUGCUACUUAGCAUUCAAGGAAUAACUCUGCAUGUACAUUUGUGCAUCCCUAUACUUUUUCUGUUAGUUUUAAAUACCUAAAAAGACACAAGAAUCAACCUAACAUUGCAAUAGUGAAAUAUUCUUGAGUUUACACUCUUUUUCCAACAUGUGCUUUUAUUAAUCUCAUGCUCAAGAGGAUGCAAUGCAAAAUCAUUAAAAAUAUGAGUUCUCCAGGUGCUGCAUGCAUUAACCUUUCCUUUAAUACCUUUUUUGUACAAUAUUUUGGUGAUUACUGUCAUUUAGCGAACAGAUGAUGAAAAUGCAGUUACCUGAGGGUCUUGUUUAAUAAUUUAGGCAAAUUAGUUUUUAGAAUGUAUUUAAUUGCUACAGUCAAUAGCUAAGCCACAACAAGCACCUGGUCCCCAAAGCAGGAGCUUCUUGUACAAUAUCAUUUUCUUCAAGGGAAGAAGAAAGAAGAAGAAAAACAAAAAGAGAGAGAAUAAAUGAAAGGUGAGGAAAAAAAGAAAGAGCCAGAAAGCCCCCACCUGUGCAUAUGUGGGCAACGAUUAGAGAGCCACCUUUCAGUGGGCGGCCGGCAGUUUAGGGUUAAGGGCCGCUCCAGGUGAGGGAAGCCAAUGAGCGCCCGCCCGGGGCUGUGCCUGACAUCAUCCCGCCGGGGAGCGCCCAGCCCGGCCGGGGCAGCGCCCGCCGCCGCCCAGCCCCGCCGAGAUGGAUGUUUACAGCUCCUCCGUGAAAGCCAAUUAUCUCGCUUUUGUGUGAGGCCCAGGGAUCGCUCGGGCUGCCUGCUCGCACACGGCGCUGCUGGAUCCAGCUGAAGCAAUUGUUUUUCCCUGUGUCUGUUUCUCACUUGGAUCUCCAAAUGGUAAGGCAUUCUACUAGGAGAGUUUUCAUGUCUUUCUUAUGAGCUGUUGUGAGAUGACUUUGCCCUGAAGUUUUCAGUUCCUGCAUCUGGUGGCACAAAUGAAAUGUUGUGACACUACCGUAUGCAGUUCUUCAGGAGACACAACUUGAAAUAUUUUGAUAAAAUGAGAUGCUUGCGGAAACGAUCAGCAGUGUCGUUCUUAGGAAUCCUUGUUGUUUGCUUGCUGUUCAUGAACUUGUACAUUGAGGAUAGUUACGUUUUGGAAGGGGACAAGCAAUUAAUCAGAGAAACAGCCACGCACCAGCUCAACCCAGAGCGUUAUGUUCACAGUUUUAAAGAUUUGUCUAAUUUUUCAGGAUCGAUAAACAUUUCCUAUCGCUACCUAGCUGGCACACCUUUGCCAAGGAAAAGGUAUCUUACAAUUGGACUAUCCUCUGUAAAACGGAAAAAGGGAAACUACUUGCUUGAGACCAUCAAGUCCAUAUUUGAGCAGUCAAGCUAUGAGGAACUCAAAGAAAUUGCAGUGGUAGUACAGCUGGCAGAUUUUGACUCAGCCUGGUGUGAAGGGAUGGUCCAGGACAUUUCACAGAAAUUUGCACAUCACAUAAUUGCGGGCAGAUUAAUAGUUAUUCACGUCCCUGAGGAUUACUAUCCUGUACUGGAUGGCCUUAAGAGAAAUUACAAUGACCCCGAGGACCGUGUGAAGUUUCGAUCAAAACAAAAUGUAGAUUAUGCUUUCCUUCUAAACUUUUGUGCUAAUCUUUCUGACUAUUAUGUGAUGCUGGAAGAUGACGUUCGCUGCUCAAAGAAUUUUUUGACUGCUGUUAAGAAAGUAAUUACCUCACGAGAAGGAUCCUACUGGGUGACAUUGGAAUUCUCCAAGCUGGGGUACAUUGGAAAGCUUUACCAUUCCCAUGACCUACCACGCCUGGCCCAUUUUCUAUUGAUGUUUUACCAAGAAAUGCCUUGCGAUUGGUUGCUCAUCCACUUUCGUGGGCUAUUAGCUCAAAAGGAAGUGAUACGUUUUAAGCCAUCUCUCUUCCAGCACAUGGGAUACUACUCAUCUUACAAAGGAGCUGAAAAUAAGUUAAAGGAUGAUGAUUUUGAAGAGGAAUCCUUUGAUAUCCCUGACAACCCACCUGCAAACUUGCACACCAAUAUGAAUGUAUUUGAAAACUAUGAGGCAAGCAAGGCUUACAGCAGCAUUGAUGAGUACUUCUGGGGCAAAGCUCCUUCUACUGGAGACUUCUAUGGGAUUGUAUUUGAAAAGCCCAUUAAAAUCAGUAAAAUUAAAAUUGUCACUGGAACUGAAGAUCGGCAAAAUGACAUUUUACAUCAUGGGGCCCUGGAAGUAGGUGAAAAGAUUGUAGGCAGUAAAAAAGGAAGACAAUGUACAACUUACUUGAGACUAGGGGAGUUCAAAAAUGGGAAUUUUGAAAUAACAGAUGUAGAGCACAAGGUUCUGUUUGAUAUUAACUGCAUGAGAAUACUUGUUACUAAAAGUCAAAAAGAAUGGCUGAUCAUUAGGAGCAUUAGUGUCUGGACUUCUCAAACACCAAACCAAUAGAGCAAGGCCACCUGAGAAGGUACAGAGUGCAUACAAUCAGCUGGGUCACUACUGGUGCCACUCCCCAGAAAAACAGACACUUCAGCUCUUCACUAGAGACACAGAAUAUCUGGGGAAAUCACAAAACAAGUAAAGCAAUUUAUUUUUUACCAGUUUGGUCAGGCAAUAUACAAACAUUUAUUUGGUGAAAACUUUGAAUUUUAUAGAAAACAAUGGGUUCUCAAACCUCUCUUGAGAUCUUUAAACCCUUUUUUAUUAUUAUUUCUCUGUAAGAGAGAUCUUGUGGACUAUACAAAACAAAAAAUCCAUCUUAUAACUGCCAAAAGGUUUAAAUCUAUGACCAUUAUGUUGUGGGAAGAAAUUGGAUUGCACCUUAUCCACAUAAAAAUUUAAAAUCUUAUGGUAGAUGCGUUUGUACUGUAGCUGGUAAUGUGUUUCUUUUCCAGGCAGUUGUGACAAGGAGAUCUGUCCUGAAACUGGCAGUUUACUUCUGAGCACUGUAAGAAAAUAAUGUGGCUAGUCAUUGCAACUUCUUGUCAAAAGGGAAUGUAUAAAAUUAUAAAUCUGACAUGACAAUUAUGUAAAAAAUAGAUAAUUGCAUCUGGUUUUCUGUCUCAGCAAAUAUCCUUUGUUCUUUUUCCUGGCUUCUUUCACUGAAAUGAGCACUACUUGGAUUCUAUAUUACCUAAGGGACCAAUUUAUUCUCCUUACUUGUUCAAAUUGCCUCACACCAAGCAAGCCUUCUGCUUGACUACCAAUGUCAGUAUCAAACCCAGGUACCUCAAGAGCAGCACUGCUCUCUUAGAGAGUCAUCUCAACAGAUCUCAACUUCAGCAUUUUUUGUUCCUUCAAGAUAUGGAGAACUGCCUCUGAGAAAUUUGCAGAUAGCUGAAUAUUACAGCAUGGUUUCUAAGCAUUGUCAUACCUUCCAUAGCUACCUGUCCAGCUCAUGCAUGAUACAAAUGCAAAAUGUACUGGGUUAAUCAGUUGGGGUGAAUGCAAUCUCCAGCCUGUCCUAGAUGAUCUGUUGUCAACAGAAGAGACACAAAAUGAAGAAUCCUAAUACAAUGAGAAAUUAAUAUGUUUCUUAAUUAGGAAGGGUUUGGGUGUUUUGGGGUUUUUUUUAAGUUUUCUAAUUUUGAUUGCAUUAGUAUUGUAGGCAUCUUCCCACUGCCUCUGGUUAUUUGCUAUAAACAUAUUUUGCCUGGCUUUAGACAAUAAGCAGAAAAGUUCCUCCGGUUCAUAUGACUUCAGUGUUAGCUCUGGGCUUCUAGUGAAUCACACAGGGAAGCUGUAUAGCAUAUGAUUUACACUAUAUGCACAGAUUUAGAUUAAGAGAAUCUAUGGGGCUUUUUUCUCUAAGAAAUUCCCUAGAUUGUCUCAGUAGACACACUAAGAAAUACAUGAGUUGCAAGUGUGACAGAGAUGAACAUUUUAUUGUCAAUCUCAUGAAUAUUGUGCUUAUCAUCUGAUUGCAUUUAGAGGGUUUAGUUAAACCUGGAAGGCAAGAAUUAAAUUUCAAGAAUGCUUGCACUGACAAAGACUGAACUAGCUACUGGAUGAGUACAUACAAUUCAGAUGGAUAAAUUAUUUUAAAAAUCUACACAAAACAUCAAUGCAAUUGAUUUUCCUGAUUCAUAAAUCUGGAGUCCAGCUUUGGAAAAUCACCCAAUACAGAGGUAAGGUAUAUUGUCAAAUAAAUCUUCUGAUAUAUUCUUCUACCUAAUGUAGAAAAGCAUCUUUUUCUCAAAGAAAGUCUUUGCUUCUUUGUUCUUUAAUAUACAUCUAAAUCUCUGAUUUUUUACAUACAUAUCUUCAAUAAAAUGAAUUACAAGUGUCAUAUGCGUUCGACUUGAAAAGGAAAAUUUUUUAAAAAAGCAAAUACAUGCUAAUCUUAAAUUCUUAUAAAUUACUUAUGAAGUACUUGCUUUUUAAUAUUGAUAAUUUCUAAUUAAUAUUGAUAAUUUAAUAUUGAUAAUAUUGACAUUUCAAAAAUAAUUAGCUGGUAAUUAGUUAUUAGUCAAUCCCCACUUUUUUCAAUAAGCUGUCACUCUUUUAUUUUUUCUUUUAUAGAAUCACAGAAUGAUUUGGGUUUAAAAGGACCUUAAAGAUCGUCUAGUUCCAACCCCCCUGCUAUGGACAGAGAUUUCUUCCACCGGAUCAGGUUGCACAGAGCCACAUCCAGACCAGUAUUGAACACCUCCAGGGAUAGAGCAUUCACAAUUCCUCUGGGCAACCUGUUCCAGUGCCUUGUUGUCACCACAGUAAAGAAUUUCUUCCCAAUACCUAUUCUAAACCUACUUUCAGCUUCAAGCCAUUCCCCAUUGUCCUGCCAAUACAUGCCCUGGUAAAAAGUCCUUUUCCAGCUCUCUUGUAGGCUCUCUUUUGGUGCUAUGAGAUCUCCAUGGAGCCUUCUGUUCUGCAGCUGAACAACCCCAACUGUGAGCCUUUACUCAUAGCAGAAGUUCUCCAGCCCUCCAACCAUUUUUGUAGCUCUUCUCUUCAUCCACUUGAUCAUUAACAUGUAAUUCAUUAAUUUUCCUUGAUCCCUAACUAUUAGGACCAAAACAAACAUUACCAGGUUAAGAAGGAACCUUUACUUUUAUUCAGAAAUGCAAUAUGUCUGAAGCAAUUUUCUAAAUUAGAAUUGAAAAUACGCAAUCCUAAGAUUUCAAAUACUCUUGUAAUCAAAACCAUAGACAACGUGAAUGGCUACUACAAAUUAAAUGUUCUCAACAUAAGCCUAAGCAAUCCAAAUGGUAUUUUCUAAUUACAAGCUGAAAAAAACUGCUUUCCUUUUCAAAAUAACACUAGUAAUGGACCUCAUCUUUGGCACAAUGGCUUAGCAGCAAGAUCUCUCAUCUGGUUGUUACCAGUCUUAGGAGAUCAAACCCACAAAUGCCCUCAGAGAAAGCUUUCCUUGGCUGUGAAUACUGGUAAGUGCUAAGAAUGAGAGGCAUGCACCAUUCUUACUGUUGAAUUUGACCUGGCUUUGGAGAAAUAAUUAACAAUACAUUUACUCCAGGAGAGACUAGAAUUCAGUUAUGAAAGUCAAUGUUUUGAGCACUCACUGUAGGGCAUCCAGCUUCUCCUUCACUGAACACUUAUUUUAUGAAUCACAUUCACACAAAAAAGGUUACCAGAUUCUGGAAGGAAAAAAAAAAAAAAAAGAAAUAAGAAGGCAUAAAAUUGAUGAUAACUGGUUUUCAGGCAGAUUUCAAAAAGAUAUAUUUGAAGACAUGGUUUUUAUUCAUGUGAUAGGAAAAGUGAUUGUCUUCUGCAAGGAAAAUAUUUAAUAAGAGAUUUUUAUCUUCAGUAAUGCUUUACAAAGCUUGAAUUUAUUUUUUUUUCACUAAUUAGCAGUAUUACAAAGCUCUGUGCUUUGGUGUAUACAGUUGAUUCUAUUAGUGUAUGUUUCCUGGCUUCAUUUGUGGACUGAACAUCAAUAUUUUCAUACCAAAAUGAAUCACAGAAUCACAGAAUAAGCUGUGUUGGAAGUGACCCAAAAGGAUCACCUUGUCCACCCCUAGCCCUGCACAGGAUACCCCAAGGAUCACACUCUGUGCCUGAAAGCAUUGUCCAAAUGCUUCUUGAAUGCUGUCAGGCUUGGUGCUGUGACCACUGCCCUGGUGUGGGCAGUGCUCCAGUGUCCAAACACCCUUUGGGGGAAGAAGCUUUCUUGAUGUCCAACCUAAACCUUCCCAGACACAACUUUAGGCCAUUCCCUCCUAUUCUGUCACUGAUCACCUCUGAGAAGUGAUCAGUGCCUGCCCUUCCUAUUCCCCUCCACAAGGAAGUUCUAGACAGCAGUGGGGUGCCCCCUCAGUCUCCUCUUCUCCAGGCUGAACAGCCCAGGUGACCUCAGCCACUCCUCAUAAGGCUUCUCUUCAAGACCCUUCACCAGCUUUGCUGCCCUUCUUUGAAUGCUCUCUAAAAGCUUAAUAUUUUUUGUGGCACCCAAAACUAUCCCCAACACUCAAGAUGAGGCCACCCCAGUGCAGAGCAGAGCGGGACAAUCCCCUCCCUUGCCAGGAUGGUGAUGCUGCCUCCCAGGACAGGGUUGGCCCUCCUGGCUGUCAGGGCACUGCUGACUCAUGUUCAACUUGCCAUCGACCAUAACCCUCAGGUCCCUUUCCAUAGCUCUGCUUUCCAGCAUCUCAUUCCCCAGUCUGUCCAUACAUCCAGGGUUGUCCCAUCCCAGGUGCAGAAUCCUGCACUUGCCCUUGUUGAACUUCAUAUGGUUGGUCAUUGCUCACCUCUCUAACUUUUUGAGGUCUCUCUGCAGGGCCUUUCUGGGAGUUGACAGAUCCUCCCAGUUCUGUAUCAUCUGCAAACUCACUUAGUAUCCCUUCCACUCCUUCAUUUCGAGUCAUUUCUGAAGAUGUUGAAGAACAUAAGGUCGAGAAUGGAGCGCUGUGGAACCCCACUAAUGACAGGACUCCAGUCCAAUGUCACCCCUUCCACUAUAACUCUUUGUGCCUGACCUGUGAGCCAGUUGCUAUCCCAUCACAUGAUGUGUUUAUCCAGCUGUGCAUUGGAUGUUUUUUCCAGAAGGAUCCUGUGAGAGACACUAUCAAAAACUUUGCUGAAAUCCAAAAAGAUCCCAUCAACCACCUUCUCUUGAUCAGCUAGGGGGGUUACCUUGUCGUAAAGGGAAAUCAGUCUUGUUAAGCUGGACUUGCCUCUCACGAAGCUGUACUGGCUGUGUCCAAUGACUGAAUUGUCUUUCAGGUGUUUUUCACCUGAAUAAUCAUCCGAACAUUACCAGGCGCUGAAGUGAGACUGCAACUUUCUACAAAUACUGAAAAUAUUGCACUGUGGUCUGGACACUGAUGUAUCUGUUCUGAACUUACCUACAGGUUCCUACUAACACCUUUUGGGGUUGCUGGUAACAUAGGGAAUUCUUGGGAAGUUAAAUAUUAUUCACCUCAAAUUAAAAGAAGAAAUGAGCCCUUACUGGAGAAUAAAGAAACCCAGGACAUGGCAAUUUUCAGGAUGACCAGUUUUAGAAUAUUUAAGAUAACUACUACAAUAUGGGUAAUUCACUGAGGUUCUAUAAAAAUGUCAUAUUUUUUAGAUCAAUCUGACAUGGUGCUCUGUUUUACUGUCUGGUCAGUUUCUCCUAUGUAAGACACUAAUGUUUUUGCUUUUAUAAAAAGACAUUGGAAACUUGUUCAUUAUUGAAUUGUUACAAGCUAAAUAAAGAGCAAAUUAUGACACCUUAGAGAAGAUUUCAUUCUGGAAACUUAUGACAUCAGUUUUCAUUGUGAAGCAUUCUAGAAAAUCUGAUGGAAAUGAUAGUUCUUACUGCUUUCUGGUUAAAUUUGCAGUUCUGUUAGACUACAUUUAAAUAAGUAUUAAACUAUGAGUUGUAAUGCAGAUCAUGUGUCAUGGGCUCUAGCAGUGUCACACCCUCAAAUGGUAAAGUAUAAUAUUUUGUAAAAACAAGUGGAAAAUACAGAUGCAUCAUAAUGAAAACCGAUUAUUUUUAUGUCAUAUGUUAUAUACAAAGACAAAUUAAUUGGAGCAUCUCCACCACUCCAUCAGCUUUUCAGAGAAAGCAAAAUAAGGGGCUUAAUCUUUGUUUUUCAAACCCUAGUCCUUGGAGGCAAAAAUUAUUAAAUUUCUACUCCCUUUAAUCAAAACUGU